AUGACUACUGAAAACGCCCCCGCGACUACCUUCGCACCGAAACUCCCGUUGACUACCUUUUUCAAGCCACCGAGCUCGUGCGAUAAUCUAUCCUGGGUUUCCUCAGAUUGCUUGGGGAGCACUUGUGAACGUAUCUAUAAUAUUGUACGCGCGACGGAGACACAAUGCUAUCCCUCAGGCUGGUCAACUUUGGCAACAGCGUUUUCACCAGGGAUAAUAUGCCCAGGUGGUUAUUCCAUUGCCGCCACAUCUUUGAUCUCUUUCGGAGCUGCUAGUACUGAGACUCAAGCAACAUGCUGUCCUAGUGGCUUUACCGUUGCAACCGAGAACUCUCAAGCCUGGUACGAACGCGAGCCCUGUCUCAUGAGAAGCAAGGGCGUUACAACUUUGACAUAUACGAUUAUCGGCACCACACCCAUCACCACCACUGCAAUUACGUAUUCCAAUCCGGUAGUCCAUGCAAUGCCAAUUGGCAUCAUGUGGCAGUCAACAGACACCACGUCUUCACCGACAACAACAAGUUCUACACUUACAACGAAACGGCCAAUACCAAUACCAACCUCAGCUCAAAACCACUCAAGCCUAUCGAGCGGUGCAAAAACGGGCAUUGGGAUUGGCGUCUCCAUUGGCGUGGUCGCUAUCGCCCUUGUGUUCGGCGCGUUCUUCUGUUUUCGACGGAGAAGAACCCGAGGUAGUACUCUACAAGCUCUCAGUGAGGAUGACUCGAAGCAAAAAAAGUUCAGCAAUCGAAUUCCGACCGAACUUAAUGAUUCAUCGUCGACCUCGUGGACAGCUGAGUUGUCCGGAGACCAGCCAGGACCGUGUCGGCUUAGCAAUUAA